AUGGGAGCAGUGGAAGCAGCCUGAGCAUUUCAGCGGAAUUAUUUGGCAAAAGUCAAUAAUGGGACGAAUGAUUGUGAAUUGGGGCAUGGAAAAGUGAACUCCUAAUGGGAUCCUCCUUUUAAUCAUUUACUUUAAAGACUUUACUUUUGUUAUCUGGUAUUGCAGUUACGGUAAAACCCGUUAGAUUGGGGUAGGAUUUUUAUGAAGAGUUCAAAACUGAAUGGAGGUUCUUGCACUUUAUUUCUAAACAACCUUUUUAAAUAUUUUACCAAUGGUUAAAAAUUAAUCACAGACAAAUACCGAAGGCUAAAAAGAAUCAGACACCAAGAAUUUCCUGUAGCAAGACAGACAAAAAUUCAUCAUGAAAUUAUUACUAGUACUAUUACUCUUUGUUUUUUCAUGGUCCUUCUUUUGUAUUUGUCAUUCCCAGUACCAAUUUAGACACGACGAAGAUGACGUUCAGCAAGAGAGGUCUCCGAUAAAAGAAUCUAAGGAAGUUCAGCAAGAGAGGUCUUUGAUAAAAGAAUGCUUAAAUAAUAAGUACACACAUAACUCUUGUAAGAAAGUUUUCUGUAACGCAUGGCAGAGAUGUGUUGGAGGAAAUUGUAUUUGCAAGCUUCCCUACCAAUGCCCAAAGAAUACCACCUCCGUUUGUUCUACCAAAGGAAGGACAUUCCAUAAUUAUUGUCAGCUAAAGGCCUAUGAAUGCCAGCACCCACAAGAGAAGUUUCGGAGUAAAUCAAGAUGCAUGACUUCAGAAAAAUUUGAAGUUUCUUUGGACUAUGCAAAUUCACAAUCAGAGGGUCUUAUUCAAGUGGAGCUUGUGAAUCAUACUGAGAAGUUAUUUGUAUGUAACGAGUGGAGUAUGAAUGAAGCAAAUGUUGUCUGUGUACAUCUUGGUUUUACAAAAGGUGCUGAACAUCAUGAAAAAAUGUUUGCAGUUCCAGAAUCUGCCUCAACUUCAAGUCAGUGUCUUCAUGCUACUUGCAGAGGGCUAGAGACUAGCCUGGCGGAAUGUGCUUUAAUUAAGAGACCAAAUGUUAAUAGUAACAGGACUGUUGCUAGCAUCGUGUGCCAUACAAAAGACAGAGAAUGUCAAUCGAAUGAAUUCGAAUGUGUCAAUAAGAAAUGCAUUCCUUUGACUGAAACCUGCAAUGGAAUCAAUGACUGUGGAGACCUAAGUGACGAAUUGUGCUGUAAAGAAUGCAAAAACAACAGUUUCCACUGUAAUUCAGACGUGUGUAUUCCAAAAAAGUACGUCUGUAACAAGGAAAUAGACUGCCUGGCAGGAGAGGAUGAAUCGCGAGCUCAAUGUGGAGAUGAUCAAAAGCCAAAGCCAGAAGAUCCAGGUGAUCAAAAGCCAACGCGACAAUUUUUAGCGCGUACAAGUAUUGAGGCUAACUAUCAAGAACAAAAAUAUAUCUCAGAUUACAAUUUGGAUGAAACCCUACAUGAGCAAAAGCCAAACCCUGAAAUUCCAGAACUAAGCGUCGUCAUCCCAACUUCUAAUAUUGAUGAAGAAAGAAAAAAAUUUAAGACCUUGUUGCCUCAUUUAAACUGUGGUGUUACAAGCCACCCACUAACUCGACGGAAGCGUAUCAUAGGAGGAAACACUGCUAGAAAGGGUGAAUUCCCCUGGCAAGUGGCAAUUAGAGAAGGUAGUGGUGCAGUGAACUGUGGAGGAAUUUAUAUCGGUGGCUGUUGGAUUCUCACUGCUGCACAUUGUGUCAGGCAAAGUCGAGUUAAUCAGUAUUUGAUAUGGACCGCAAUAUUAGAUACAAUCCACUUUAAUAAUGAGACAAAUACUUUCAGAGUAAACCAAGUGAUAAUCCAUGAAAACUAUAAUGCCUCAAACUAUCAGAAUGAUAUUGCUUUGCUGGAGAUAAAAAGUAAUGACAGAGGAAAGCCAUGCUCACUAGCACACAGCAUACCUGCCUGCAUUCCUUGGUCAGAAUAUUUGUUCCAAGCUGGACAUCAAUGCAAGGUUUCUGGCUGGGGACUAGCAGAGGGUUAUACCAAACAGUUUGUUCUUCGAUGGGGCAACAUUCAUUUAUUUCCAAACUGUUCAGAAAUCUAUAAAGAACGCUUUUUUAAAGAGAUGGAAUGUGCAGGUACUUUUGAUGGUUCUAUAGAUUCCUGUAAAGGUGACUCAGGAGGACCCUUGGUUUGUCUGGAUUCAAAUAACCGGGCAUAUGUGUGGGGCAUUGUGAGUUGGGGUGAAAAUUGCGGAGUUCAAGGAUACCCUGGAGUUUACACAAAAGUAGCCAGCUACUUUGAGUGGAUUAGUCGUCAUGUGGGAAGGUCCCUUAUUUCUGUAUACAAUAUCUGAAGCUUUGGGAAGCACAUACUCCUUUCUAUUGCCUACACACAUGAAAAUGAAGAUUAGUUCUACUUUAGGAUCAGCGGCUUUAUUACAUACAUUUGGAAUCUCGCAGUGAACUAAUUUCAGUAUAAAACACUUUCAACAAAAAUCAUUACAUUUAUAGAACACUAAUAACCUUUUCAAAAAUUUGCUAAUUUUUAAAAAGGCUCUUAGUGUUCUACAAAUUAAUUAUUUUUAUCUCAAGCAUUUUAUACUGAAAUUAGUUCACUGCAAGAUUCCCUGAUAAAUGUAUGCUUACUAUAUGGAAAUUAAAACAUCUGAUAUUUGGGGAAAGGGGAAUAUAUAUUUCAUCUUGUAUUUGCAUUGGCAUGUCUGUUAAAAUGGAAAAUUAUGCUGAAAGCAAGGAAUAAAAAACUGAAUACAUGCA